AUGAAGUCCGAUUACGUUCUCGACUCCGCUCAGUUUUCUCCUCUUAAUGCUAGCAAAGGUGCGGAGAUUGCAUGUGCGUUCCUACGAAAAGGAGAUGAAGAGAACAAAGAUAGCCUUGGCGACAUGGAGAGGAUGAGAGCAAGGCCAGGAAAGACUGUCCUUGAAGGCGAAAAUAUUGAGAUUCAGUCAAGAGAUUCCGGCCGUACCAUUCCUUGCCGGGUCGUGCUACCAAAGGCCGGACGAACCAGCGUCACUGGUGUUUUCCUCCAUUUUCACGGGGGAGGCCUUUGUGAAGGCGGCCAUGACGAAGUCGACCCUCUUCUGCAUCGAUUUGCCAAUGCCUCUCGAUGCACCGUUGUCUCUGUGGGCUAUAGACUUGCUCCGGAGAACGCAUAUCCCAGCUGCAUACACGACUGCUUUGAUGUUGCAGAUUAUGUUUUUGAAAAUGCAGCCGAACGUUUUGGAGGUCCUUUGCAAUUUAUUGGGGGAGAGUCUGCUGGUGGUUACCUUACUAUGCAGACCUUCUUCCAUUUGGCGGGAGCCCAUGAGGACUGGAAUUCCCUGAAAGGAUUGGUUUUAACGUACGGAGUGUUUUCGCUCUCAUAUCUCCCGACGGUGUUCACUACUCCUGAUCCAGUAUGCGUUGAUGCCAAGAAAAUACUUUGGUACUACAAGGCCGCAUUCCCUGUAAAUGAAGAACAGCACUGGGAGGUGUGCAAGGAACUGGAAAAAGAAUUUGGCAUUCUUGCACAGCCGGAGUUGCCAUACGACGCACCCCCCAAACAUCCAGCCAUAUCCCCAUUAUUUCGCAGCUUGGAAAAGCUACGCUCACGGCUACCAACUGCAUUCUUUCUCUGCGGUACGGCGGAUCCUCUUGUUGAUGACACAAUUUUGAUGUCAGCUCAUUGGCAGAUUGCUGGUGGUCGCGCGGUUGUAAAAUUUGUCACUGGCGCUCCCCAUGCUUUUGUCGAACUUCCACUCGAACUUGCUGAUUGUUGCGUGAAGGGGAAUGAACUCAUCCAGGAAUUUCUUGACGAAACUAGGCUCUCUACAUAA